CGAGCGACUGAAGGAUACGUUAGAGUCAAAAACAAGCAGCGUAUCGUAGUAGGUCAAAAAGUUUGAGGAAUCACCACUGAUAAAUCCUUGUCUAGACAAUGAACUGGACCUCUGGGGGAACGUAUGAAGUUCAGGAUUUAUGUGAUGAAGGUAAUUAGUUAGAGUAAAUAUGCAGAAGUAACCUCUAUUUCAUAAUAAAAACAAAGAAAUUCAUAUUUUCAUUCGCACAGUAUUGUGAAAAUUUUGUUGAAAUUCUAUGGGCCUCUUCAUGAUAUAAGAGAAAUUGUUAACAUUUGACUUUGUUCUGUGAAUUUUUGCCUGCUGGCCAGUGAUGGUUUGUGGAUUAGCUAUGGCAUUUUGUGAUAGGAAACAAAGCUGAAGUUGUUUCUGCAGAAUGUUGGAGUCACAAUUGUGGCUUUUAAUAUCUGGAGGUUUUCUUGGAGAAAAAUCUAGAAAGAAGUCACACAAAAUUAUUAAAGCUCAUAAUUUUAUGGAGAAAACAUUUGCUUUUUUUGAAGAUGACCGGGAGAAGCGGUAAAAACUUGUUCAAGUAUGUGUCUUUGCUUUUCAAAUACAUUUUAAGCAGCUCUUAGGGAUUAUAUAUGCAUAUCAAUGAGGAUAAUCUUGCUUUAAAAUUUCAUAAACAUUCUGAAAAUGA